AGCCGCUGAAAGCAUCCCUCGGAAAGGCGGCUAAGAACCGUUAGCUUCCCUCCCCCGGCGAAGAAGUUGAAAUUUCAGCCGCAGUGACGACAAAGCCCGAGGAGAUGGGGCUCCUAGCAGUGCCCUGCCUUCUCGAUUCGGGCCGCUGCAGCGCGGAGAACCGUCGGUUCUCCAUUAGAAGCGACAGAAGAGACUGAAACAGGGACUGCCAUGGCAGCCGGCAUAAGCCUCCACAGCGACCUGCCGCACGCUAUGCACAAAGUCAGCAUCGUGGAGUCCACCCAGGGAACGGAAAUGGAGAUGGUGAGUGUCCGGGUCCCAACUGCAAAGUACACGAAGGUGGGGGAGACGCUGAGACAUGUGAUUCCAGGCCACAUGCAGUGCUCCAUGACCUGUGGGGGCCGUGCCUGCAAGUAUGAGAACCCGUCACGCUGGAGCGAGGAGGAACAGGCCAUCAAGGGCCUCUACUCCUCCUGGAUCACUGACAACUUGCUAGCGAUGGCAAGGCCUUCAACAGAAAUCAUACAGAAAUACAACAUCAUCGACCAGUUUCAAGACUGUGGCCUGCGGACUGUGAUCAAUCUGCAGCGCCCGGGGGAACAUGCCAGCUGUGGCAACCCUCUAGAGCCAGAGAGUGGCUUCACGUACCGGCCGGAGAUUUUCAUGGAGGCAAGCAUUUAUUUCUACAAUUUUGGAUGGAAAGACUACGGGGUUGCUUCUCUGACUACCAUUCUGGACAUGGUGAAGGUCAUGUCAUUUGCUAUUCAAGAGGGAAAAGUUGCUGUUCACUGUCAUGCCGGACUUGGACGAACAGGUGUGCUGAUAGCGUGUUACCUGGUGUUCACAACGAGGAUGAGCGCAGACCAGGCCAUCCUGUUUGUGCGGGCAAAGCGGCCCAACUCGAUCCAGACCCGGGGCCAGCUGCUGUGUGUGCGAGAAUUUGCCCAGUUCCUGGUUCCGCUCAGAAGUGUGUUCUCCUGUGCCGAGCCCCGGACCAACGCUGUCACCCUUGCGCAGUACCUUACGCGUCAGCGCCACCUUCUGCACGGCUACGAGGCACGCCGGUUAAAACACGUGCCUAAGGUCGUUCAGCUUGUCUGCAAGGCGCUGCUGGAUGUUGCUGAGGGCCGGCAGGCCAGCCAGGAAGAGGUCUUGGAGAUCCCUGACCUCACUGCUGAAGUGGAGAAGACUGUGUCUCAGCAGGCCAUCCAGCAACUGGGCAAGGAGAUGAUGGGGAAGGGUAUCGCUGUGGUACAGGCCUGCCUGUCUGAUCCACCCACGCUAGCGAAACUGCCGUCGGCCGCACUCCAUAACAUGUGGACGAGAGAUGACGUGGACAACAACCAGCCUUCGUUCUGCCUCCGGAAGACCCAUAGCUACAGUGAUUCAGACCUCCAAGGGCUGGCGUCCAUGCUAACGUGGGCGGAGAGUCCCUUGAAUCUCCUGGUGUGCCAGCCCUUCUCUGGUAUCCCCGACAAACUACGCUUGUCCCAGAGUGACGUGACAGAGGUCUGUGUCUCUGCUGACCUGCACUUCUUGCCUGUGCUGUCUGUCCACCAGGCCUCUGGCAGCAAUCCCUCACCAGACUUGUUCCCCACCCCACCUUGGGAAGCAAAGGCACGGCCCAGCGUCGCUGACAGCUCACCGCUGUUCCGGCGGAGAAGGAAGCCGCUGAGCGAGUCCCAGCGCAGCAUGUCCCUGGGCUCCUGGGGAAGGGGGCACCCCCCUGCUGUUAAGUCAGUUGUCCCAGCCUGGCUCACAGAGCAUCGUGCAGAAGUCCCACCAGACCCUGACGGGUUGUCCUCUGCUGCUGACCACCUGGCAACAAAUACCAUGGGAGAUGAUGGCGACAAUAGGUCAGAGGUCCCCCUCAUCACAGUACACACUGAACUCCCUCUGGAGGCCCGGCGGCUGCUAGUAGCCCAGGCGCUGUCUCUGGACCUCGAUCAGGAUGGCAAGGAAUACAGACACAAAGUCCUAAAGUGGCAGACAGAGCUCAACUCCAGGGAGGGGGCAUGGGACCGAAUGUGCAAUGAGAGGGACCCCUUUGUGCUGUCGGGCCUCUUGUGGUCCUGGCUGGAGCAGCUGAAGGAACCUGUUCUCUCGAAAGUGGACGUGCUGGAGUUGAGCAGACACAAAAGUGAGUGCUACCAGGACCCCCAGCAUGCACUCAGCUGCCUGGACAAGGGCCCCAGACAAACACUGCUGUGUAUCCUGGACUGCGCAGCGCACGUCGCGGAAGUACCCCAGGAACUGGAAGAUGCUUUUCUGCAACGCACAAUAAAAGCUUUCACAAAGAUGCGGCCCAGUUCCGAUGAGGGGGCAGCCGUGUAUGAAUCCCUGAAGGCCAUCUUGGCCCCCGUCUUACACGAAAUGAAACGGAGAGCUGCUGGAGAGUCGCAGAUAAUGUGCCAGUGCUUGCACGGCCCCUGAUGUCCCCUCCACCGACUCUUCUUCAAACAGCCCUUGGGGGAGAAGCUAUAGUGAACGUUAAGUUCAGACAUAUUUGCUGAACUUUGAAAUAAAGCUUAGAUUUGGGUCAAAAGUAUAUUUUCUCUGCUGCUGCAUUUUUUUCUAAACGAACGUUAAUGCAUUUAAGACGUGAUGUAACUGCUGCAUCAAAUAUGUUUUGAUGAUUAUUUAUCAUUGGCUCCCAUGCU